AUGGUCGACGCCAUGAGAAAUGACCGCAUUCGUCUCACUGAACUUCUUGGUGGACACGAGGAAUUCCAGCAGCUGCUGGACUAUGUGGUGGACAUCGCCGUGGAAAUUAACAGAAUUGGACAGCUCCCGGCAUCCAAUGUGGGAAGAGAGAUGGUGAACAACUACUUACACUACCUACGCGAGGUGGUAGACAAUAUCAUUGAUCUUUUGGGUUAG